AAGAGAGAGAAGGGGAAGCUAGAUCUUAUCUCACCCUCUCCUUCUGUUUUCUCACUCUAAACGGUCGCCUCGGACCAUCUCUCGCGUCCUCUUUUACCGCCUUCCUUAUGGACGCGCGACCAAUCUAGGGUUUCAACCGACCAACGAUACGAGACCCAAGUUUCGGAAUAAGAGGUUAUGAUGUAUGCAAGGAGAAUUAAGUGCAGAAAUCAGAGAUGGAUGCUUCAGCUGUCCAAAUCAAUAAAGCCAAACUACGUUUGUUCUUCUCAAUCUUUGGGCCGCACAACAGUUCCUUCAAACUAUCACUCACAUGCUAGUUUUAUUAGAAGCCGUCCCAUAGAUUCGUUCACAUUGCGAAGUGUUGCUUCUGCUAAUAGUUGCACUGAUUUGCAAGUGAGGUCAAAUACGUGUUUGAAGGGUAGUCAGUUACGCUUCUUCAGUUCAGAAGGCGAUGGAAGAAAUGCAAACGAGGGUAAACAGCUGCCAGUGAAAGAUGGUGCUAAGUUUGAUAAAGAAAAGACUUCGCAAGAAAAGGCCGGGAAAGAUGUGAGGCGUUCUGAUGCACACGCUCUACUUGGAGAGCAAGAUCAAAAGGAAUGGCUUAAUAGUCGCAAACUUACCAUUGAGAGUAAAAAGAAAGAAUCACCUUUCUUGACCAGACAAGAGAAGUUCAAAAAUGAGUUUCUAUGGAGAGUUGUUCCAUGGGAGAAGAUAACUGUUUCAUGGGAGACUUUUCCUUACCACAUCGAUGAACCCACCAAAACUCUUUUGAUGGAAUGCGCGGCUGCUCAUUUGAAACAUAAAAAGUUCACUUCUACUUAUGGUUCUCGUUUGACAUCUUCAAGCGGCAGAAUACUGCUUCAGAGUGCUCCAGGCACUGAGCUUUACCGUGAAAGAUUAGUUAGGGCUCUAGCACGAGAUCUUCAAGUUCCACUACUCGUGCUGGACAGCAGUGUUCUUGCUCCUUAUGAUUUUGGUGAUGAUUGUGAAAAUGAGUCUGAAUCAGACGAUGAUGCUGUGGAUGAGGGUACAUCAGAGUCAGAGAUUGAUGAUGAGAAUGAUGCUAGUAAUGAAGAAGACUGGACUAGUAGUAAUGAGGCAAAGUCAGAUGGUAGUGACAAAGAUGAAGCUGAUCUGCAUGCAAAGGCUGAAGCAGCCCUCAAGAAGCUUAUUCCUAUUGAUCAAUUUUCAAAGAUGGUAUCUGGGGAGAUUGAUGUUGAAUCUGAGUCCUCAAAGUCAGAAGCUGCUGAACCCACAGAUAAAUCCAAAGAGUCCAAACAACCACUGAAGAAAGGUGAUCGGGUGAAGUAUGUUGGGCCUACUUUACGCGUUGAAGCUGAUAACAGGAUCAUGUUGGGGAAAAUAUCAACAUCUGAUGGUCCAAGGAAAGCGUAUACCAUUUUCCGUGGCAGGCCUUUACCGAAUGGUCAACUUGGGGAGGUAUUUGAGGUGAGCGGAGAUCGAAUUGCUGUUAUAUUGGAUAUAAAUGAUGACCCUGGAAGUGAUGUGGAUAAAGAGGAGAAAGAAGAAGACCAGCCUGCGAAUCCACCAGUUUACUGGAUACAUGCAAAUCAUGUUGAGCAUCUUACUGACACUCAGACUGAGGAUUGCUACUUUGCAAUGGAGGCCCUACGUGAGGUCUUGCAUGCCAAGCAACCUCUUAUUGUCUAUUUUCCAGACUCUUCUCAAUGGUUGUCUAGGGCAGUUCCCAAGUCAAGCAGGAAGGAGUUUGUCAAUAAGGUGCAAGAAAUUUUUGACCAGUUAUCAGGUCCUGUUGUUUUAAUCUGUGGGCAGAACAAAGCUGAGUCCGAGUCAAAGGAGAAAGAGAAAUUCACGAUGAUACUACCAAAUUUUGGGCGUCUUGCAAAGCUGCCUGUUUCUCUUAAGCGUCUUACCGAGGGACUGAAGGCAACAAAAAGAUCUGAUGAUGAUGAAAUAUAUAAGCUCUUCUCAAAUGUGUUCUGCAUACAGCCCCCAAAGGAAGAAGAGGUACUUCGAACAUUCAAUAAACAGAUCGAAGAGGACGGUAGAAUUGUGAUGUCAAGGAGCAAUUUGAAUGAAUUACAUAAGGUUCUCGAGGAACAUGAGCUAUCAUGCGUGGACCUAUUACAAGUAGAUACUGAUGGUGUGAUCUUGACAAAGCGAAAAGCUGAGAAAGUAGUUGGCUGGGCUAAAAGCCAUUACUUGUCAUCUUGUCUUGUUCCUUCCAUUAAAGGUGACAGACUGCAGCUGCCUCGUGAAAGCCUUGAAGUAGCAAUUUCACGUUUGAAGGAGCAAGAAAAUUUGUCUCGGAAACCCUCUCAAAAUUUGAAGAACCUUGCGAAGGAUGAAUAUGAGAGUAACUUUGUUUCGGCAGUUGUACCUCCUGGUGAAAUUGGUGUCAGGUUUGACGAUGUAGGUGCUCUGGAGGAGGUGAAGAAGGCUUUGAAUGAACUAGUCAUUCUUCCAAUGAGAAGACCAGAGCUUUUCUCUCAUGGAAACUUGUUGCGGCCUUGCAAAGGGAUAUUACUUUUUGGUCCCCCUGGAACUGGGAAGACCCUUCUCGCCAAGGCACUUGCAACAGAAGCUGGGGCAAACUUUAUCAGCAUUACUGGUUCAACUCUAACAUCAAAGUGGUUCGGAGAUGCUGAAAAGCUGACCAAAGCUCUCUUCUCUUUUGCCAGCAAGCUUGCUCCCGUCAUUAUAUUUGUUGACGAGGUUGAUAGUUUGCUUGGUGCUCGUGGUGGUUCUUUUGAGCAUGAGGCAACUAGAAGAAUGAGAAAUGAGUUCAUGGCAGCUUGGGAUGGAUUGCGAUCUAAAGACAGUCAAAGAAUACUUAUUCUCGGUGCCACAAAUCGGCCAUUUGACCUUGAUGAUGCUGUUAUUCGUCGCUUACCAAGAAGGAUAUAUGUUGAUUUACCAGAUGUUGAAAAUCGUAAGAAGAUUUUGAGUAUAUUUCUUGCUCAAGAGAAUCUAGAACCCGGUUUCCAAUUUGAGAAACUCUCAGAGGCAACAGAGGGAUACUCUGGCAGUGAUUUGAAGAACCUCUGUAUUGCUGCUGCAUAUAGGCCUGUCCAGGAACUAUUAGAAGAAGAAACCAAGGACAGCAAAGGUGAUUUAUCUGCAGCUUUAAGGCCACUUAACUUGGAUGACUUUAUUCAAUCAAAAGCCAAGGUUGGGCCAUCUGUGUCAUAUGAUGCUGCAAGUAUGAACGAGCUUAGGAAAUGGAAUGAGCAAUACGGUGAAGGCGGAAGCAGAAGAAAAUCACCAUUUGGUUUUUGAAACUGCUCUUAAAAGGUUGACACUAAUAUUUUCGUUCUAUAUUCUUAGCGAGAAAGAAAAGGAGAGGCCCAAUUUCUUCUUCAUCUCUUUAUAGAGAAAAAUGAAGGAGCCAACUUUGGAAGCCGAUCUAUCUUUCUCGGAGGGGAAAGAAACCGAUAGAAUACUGCCCAACUUUGGUGGCUUAGGAGAACCUUAGGAGGCUUUCAUCCUUUUUGAGCGGGUGAUGAAGAGGCCUAAUUAGUUCUAUAGAAAUCUCCUUUUAAUUUUUCAUUCUUGUACACUAGGUUAAUACUGUUAUAAUAAAACACAUUUUAGAUAGUUUAGCCAUAUUACAGUUAGGGUUUAGAUCCCUUAAUUUUGUGAAUGUAUUAAUGAAUAUAAAUUAGGGCGCAAUGAAUGUUAUACAAGGGACUUAUCAGCUGCAAAGCAGUGACUUUUUC